AUGAGCAUUUUUAGGUUCGACAGGCAGAUUAAAGACGAUAAAAAAAGAAACGCCUCUCCUACAUUUGGAAGUCGCGUGGCUAAUAUUCGGCAAAUUAAAGAAAACAUUGUUUGCGAGCACUGUCACAAACCUGGACAUAAAGAAGGUUACUGUUUUAGAAAAGCUAUAUGCGACUACUGUCAAAAACAAGGCCACACGGACGGUAGAUGUUUUAAAAGGAGGCAAGAUAAUUCAAAUAAGUCCGGUCAAACCUCUCCGAACAAUUCAAAAUCUCAAACAAAAACAGGAUAUAAAAGUCCAAAAAAAUGCUCCUAUUGUAGGAACUUGGGACACAUAAUAUUUGACUGUCGAAAGUUAAUGUACCAACUAGAAAAAAGGAAUCAGGAAAACAGGGUGAGAACAACGACGGACGACGCUCGUCGCUCUCCGACACCAAACAUUGUCCACAAAGUCCGAAUCCGAAAGCGGGCCCGUCGAAGUCAAACACAUAACACAAAACAAUAUUUGGACGGCUUCAUGUGUCACUGCGGCUUCUCCACGAUUAAGAGAAGCAGUGACACUUAUGAUAGACACAGGCGCGGACAUUAA